CCGAUCCCACGUGUGACCUGGUCCACCUGGAACAUUCUGGAGUGGACGAGGAUAGACUCUGGCCACGAGUAUUUAGGGAGCUCUUCUUCUUGCCAAUCCUCACGAAUCUUUCUGAAGCGAGCUAUAUUCUUUUAGGAAACAGUCAAAUCCUCAAGCAUUUGUUCUUUAUUUAACAAUCAUGGCAGAUCCAGCAGCCCCAGCUACCAUGGAAGAAGAAACUGAAGUGGAAACCUUUGCCUUUCAGGCCGAGAUCGCUCAACUCAUGAGCCUCAUCAUCAAUACCUUUUACUCAAACAAGGAGAUCUUCCUCAGGGAAUUAAUCUCAAACUCUUCUGAUGCUCUAGAUAAAAUCAGAUAUCAGAGUUUGACAGAUCCUUCAGUCCUCGAAGCAAACAAGGACCUUCAGAUCACACUCAUUCCAAAUAAGGAAGACAACACUCUCACCAUCAUUGACACUGGAGUCGGAAUGACAAAGGCAGAUCUUGUCAAUAACCUUGGUACCAUUGCUCGAUCUGGUACCAGGUCUUUUAUGGAGGCACUGCAGGCCGGUGCUGAUAUAUCUAUGAUUGGACAAUUUGGUGUAGGAUUCUACUCUGCUUAUCUUGUAGCUGAGAGAGUUCAAGUGACAACAAAACACAAUGACGAUGAGCAGUACAUAUGGGAAUCAUCUGCAGGCGGUUCUUUCACUGUCAGACGUGACGAAAGUGGAGAAGAAUUCCCACGUGGUACAAAGAUUGUUCUCUACCUCAAGGAAGAUCAAAAUGAGUACUUGGAGGAUCGUCGCAUCAAAGAGAUCGUCAAGAAGCACAGUCAGUUCAUCGGAUACCCCAUCCACCUUCAAGUACAAAAGGAGAGGGAGAAGGAGAUCAGCGACGACGAGGCUGAGGAAGAAGAAGGAGAGAAGAAGGAAGAGGAUGAAGCUGAUGGAGAAGCAAAGAAAGAUGAUGAGCCAAAGAUAGAGGAAGUGGACUCUGACGAGGAGGAAGAGGGAGACAAGAAGGAGGACAAGAAGAAAAAGAAGAAGAUCAAGGAGAAGUACACUGAUGUUGAAGAGCUCAACAAAACAAAGCCACUCUGGACACGAAACCCUGACGAUAUCACAAAAGAAGAAUAUGGAGAGUUCUAUAAGUCCCUAACAAAUGAUUGGGAAGAUCACUUAGCAGUCAAGCACUUCUCUGUAGAGGGACAGCUAGAAUUCCGUGCUCUUCUUUUUGUUCCUAAACGUGCCCCCUUUGAUCUUUUUGAAAACAGAAAGGUCAAAAAUAACAUAAAGCUAUACGUUCGCAGGGUCUUCAUCAUGGAGAAUGCUGAGGAUCUUAUUCCAGAGUAUCUUAAUUUCGUAAAGGGUGUGGUUGACUCUGAAGAUCUUCCCCUGAAUAUCUCCCGUGAGAUGUUGCAGCACAACAAGAUCCUAAAGGUCAUCAGGAAGAACCUUGUCAAGAAAUGCCUCGAGCUCUUCCAAGAGCUUACCGAAGAUGCCGAGUCCUUUAAGACCUUUUACGAGCAGUUUGGCAAGAACCUUAAACUUGGGAUCCACGAGGACAGUCAGAACAGGAAGAAAAUUGCUGACCUUUUGCGCUACCGCUCCUCUGCCUCAGGGGAGGAGAUGACCUCACUGAAAGACUAUGUCUCUCGUAUGAAAGAGAACCAAACACAAAUAUACUACAUCACCGGAGAGACUCAUGACCAGGUGAGCAGUUCUGCCUUUGUGGAGCGAGUCACUAAACGAGGAUUUGAAGUAUUGUACAUGGUGGAGCCAAUUGAUGAGUACUGUGUACAACAACUGAAGGACUACGAGGGAAAGACCCUUGUCUCUGUCACAAAGGAAGGACUUGAGCUCCCUGAGGAUGAGGAAGAGAAAAAGAAGUUUGAGGAGCAGAAGGCGAAAUUUGAGGGUCUCUGCAAAGUGAUGAAGGAUAUCCUUGACAAGAAGGUCGAGAAGGUAGUCGUUUCAAAGCGUCUUGUCUCGUCCCCUUGCUGUAUCGUUACUAGUCAGUAUGGCUGGACUGCCAACAUGGAGAGGAUCAUGAAAGCACAGGCCCUUCGUGACACUAGCACCAUGGGAUACAUGGCAGCUAAGAAGCAGCUCGAGAUUAAUCCUGAUCACUCAAUCAUCGAGACUCUCCGUCAGAAAUCUGACGGAGACAAGAAUGAUAAGUCUGUCAAGGACCUGGUCCUCCUUCUUUUUGAGACCUCUCUUAUGUCUUCCGGCUUUACACUGGAGAGUCCUCAGAGUCAUGCCAAUCGUAUCCACCGUAUGAUCAAGUUGGGCCUUGGAAUCGACGAUGAUGAAGUCCCUGGAGCUGAGGAGGUUCCCGAGGAAUUACCACCACUUGAGGGAGGAGAAGGAGAUGAUGAUCGUAUGGAAGAGGUUGAUUAAAGACUUAAGACUUAAUGUUCAAGUAUAAAAUACGUGUUGUUGUUAAGUGUUAUAAUAAUAACUAGUAAUAACUAUGCUGUAAAAGCUGUUAAAAAUGAAUAUUCUUGAUUUUUGUGUUGUGUCAUUUUAAAUAUGUAAUGUGAAUUCAAAUCAUUGUAAA